CUCCUGGAGCUGAGAAGCGGAGGAGCGCGAGGGAGGGACGGGCAGGCGGGAAGGAGGCCGCGCGGAGGAGAGACGGGCGCUUCUAGCUUCCAACGCCGAGCCGAGGACUGACCCUCUACCCGCUUCAUCCACAGAAAGAGGGGGCGGAGGAGGAGGAUGUGGGGCACGCCGUGGCCUGCGCUCUGCCUGUUGCUCUGCCUGCUCCGGCCCGCCGCGGGGAAGACGCUCCGCUACCACAUCUACGAGGAGGAGCCGCCCGGGACGGUGAUCGGAACCUUGGCCGACGACCUGCCCGCGGAGCGGCCCGGGGAGCAACGCACUUUCCGCCUGCUGAAGCCGCCGGGCAACGGGUCCCUGGUGCGUGUGCGCGAGCGGGACGGGCAGCUGAGCCUGGGUCCGGAGCGGCUGGACCGGGAGGCGUUGUGCGGGCCGUCGUCGGCGUGGUGCGCGCUGAGCUUCGACGUGGUGUGCCUGGGGGCGCCCUCGUCGUCUUCGUCCCCGUCCUCGUCGUACCAGCUGCUGCAGGUGGAGGUGGAGGUGGUGGACGUGAACGACCACGCGCCCCGGUUCCCGCAGGCGGAGGUGGGCCUGGAGGUGUCGGAGGCGGCGCUGCCGGGGACGCGGCUCCCGCUGGGGCUGGCGCUGGACCCGGACGCGGGCGCCAAUGGCGUACAGAGCUUCGCGCUCUCGCCCAACCGGCACUUCGGGCUGGAGGCGCCGCGCCGCGCGGACGGGCUGAAGGGCGCCGAGCUGGUGCUGCUGGCGCCGCUGGACCGCGAGGCGCAGGCCUCGUUCCGCCUGGAGCUGGUGGCCAAGGACGGCGGGAGCCCGGCGCGGUCGGGCACGGCCACGCUGGCCCUGCGCGUGCUCGACGCCAACGACAACGCGCCGGCCUUCCCCCGCGGGGGCGCGCCGCGCCUGCUGGAGCUGCCCGAGGACGCGCCGCCGGGCGCCGCGCUGCUGGAGCUGGGCGCCGCCGACCCGGACGAGGGCGCCAACGGGGCGCUGCUCUACUCGUGGGGCAGCCAGGUGGGGCCCGAGGCGCGCGCCCUCUUCGCCCUCGACCCGCUCUCGGGCCGCCUCAGCCUCCGCGCCGCCCUCGACUACGAGCGCCACACCGCCUUCGAGCUCGACGUCCAGGCCUCCGACCGCGGCGCCAGCCCGCUCCGCGCCGCCUGCAAGGUCCUCGUCCGCCUCACCGACGUCAACGACAACGCGCCCCAGAUCGACCUCAGGCCCCUCCGGGCGGGAGACGCAGAUGAGGGGGGCCCCGACGGGGAGGUGGUGGUGGCCUACGUCAGCGAGGCCGCGCCCACAGGCAGCCUGGUGGCCCUGGUCAGCGUCUGGGACCACGACUCCGGCGCCAACGGGCAGGUGCGCCUCUCCCUGGAGCCCCCCGGGGAAGGCAGGCAGGGGCCCCCGCCGCCUUUCGCCCUCCGCCCCGCCCACGACGAGGAGGAGGAAGAGGCGGCGGAGGAGCAGGAGCCCGGCCAGGAGGCCAAGGAGAAGGCGCGCUCCUUCCUGCUCCUCACCACGGGGCCGCUGGACCGCGAGCGCGUGCCCGAGUACAACCUCACCCUCCUGGCCCAGGACCUGGGCGCGCCCCCCGCCCGCACCGCGCGCCGUCUCUCCGUCCGCCUCGCCGACGAGAACGACCACGCGCCCCGCUUCGCCUCCCCCGCCCUCCGCCUCCCGCUGCCCGAGAACAACCCCCCGGGGGCCUUCCUGGCCGCCCUCACCGCCCGCGACCCCGACCUGGGCCCCAACGGCCGCGUGGCGUACCGCCUCCUCCUCGAAGACCCGCUCCAGCAGCUCCGCGGGGCGCCUCUCUCCACCUACGUCUCCCUGGACGCCGCCUCGGGCGCGCUCUACGCGUUGCGCAGCUUCGACUACGAGGCGAUGAAGGAGCUGUCGCUGACCGUCGUGGCCACGGACGGGGGGAACCCUCCGCUCUCCAGCACCGCGCAGGUCGCCGUCCGCGUCCUGGACCUGAACGACAACGCGCCCGUCAUCACGCACCCGGCGCCCCGCAACGGCUCCCUGGAGGUGUGGGUCUCGCGGCGUGCGGGUAAGGGCGCCCAGGUGUGCCGGGUCCAGGCGCGCGACGCCGACGAGGGCGAGAACGCCGAGCUGAGCUUCGCCCUCCUGCCGGACCCCGCCGCCGGCCCAGAAGACGCCGCCGAGGCGCUGUUCGCCGUGGACGCGGGCACCGGGGUGGUGGUGCUGAAGGAAAGCCUGUCCGGGGAGCAGCCCGGGAGGGUUUUCCGCGCCCUGCUCCGCGUCUCCGACGGCGGGCGGCCCUCGCUCUCGGCCAGCGCCGCCCUGCGCUUCGUGGUCACGGCCUCGGAGGAAGAGCCCUCCUCGGGAGCCUCCUCGGAGGCCAAGGCGGCGGCGGCGUCCUCUUCGGUGCAGUGGGACGGGCCCCUCAUCGUCAUCGCCGUCCUGGCCGGGAGCUGCACCCUGCUGCUGGUGGCCAUCAUCGCCAUCGCCACCAGCUGCAACCGGCGCAAGCGGCAGAAGCAACUGCAGGAGAGGCUGAAGCAGCAGCAAGGCGCCGUCCUGGACGAGCCCCUCGAGCAGGGAGGCGCCGGCGGGAGCAGCGGCAGCCCCGGAAUACGGAACGGAGGAGGAGGAAGCGGCAGCCCCGGAAACCGCGGAGGAGGCGGCGGCGGAGGCGUGAGUUUCGAGGUGCGCUCCUUCGCCAGCAAGUCGUCCUUCGCCAGCGCCGAGCCCUCCCCGGCCAGCGAGGACCCGCCGCCCUCCGAGGGCAGCCGCAGCGAGAGCGCCAGCCUCUACGACAGCAGCCAGGGGCGCCUCCGCCCCGCCCACGCCAACGAGUCGUAUGCUUCAACUCCCAGCUACAGCAAAGAGGCCGCCCCACCUCCAGUGCCCAUCUGGAAGGGCCACUCCUUCAACACCAUCUCAGGCCGGGAAGGGGACAAGUUCAGCGGCAAAGACAGCGGCAAAGGUGACAGCGACUUCAACGACAGCGAUUCGGACAUCAGUGGGGAUGCCUUGAAGAGAGACCUCAUCACCCAUAUGCAGAAUGGUUUGUGGGCUUGUACUGCCGAAUGCAAGAUCCUGGGCCACUCCGAUCGCUGCUGGAGCCCUUCCUGUGGUCGAACCAACCCCCACUGCUCCUCCCACCCGAAGACCCAGCUCUCCACUUUCUGCAAGAGUACCUCACUGCCAAGGGACUCCAUUCGCCGAGAUAAUUAUUAUCAGGCACAACUGCCCAAGACAGUGGGACUUCAGAGUGUCUACGAGAAAGUCCUGCACAGGGAUUACGACAGGACAAUGACGUUGCUCUCUCCUCCCCAUCCAGGGAGGCUGCCGGACCUCCAAGAGAUCUCCGUUCCCCUCUACCAGGCUCCCUCUACUCGCUAUUUAGGGCCACCUCCUGAGACUAAUCAGAAUGGUUAACUACUUCCCAGCGCUUGACUUUUGCUCAGGCCCAAAAGUGUCUGGCUAGUGAAGAAACCAUUAUCAGGCCUGGAACCUGAAUUUCUAAAAUGAUGCAUUUGCUGGGGAUGUUUUCUUCCCCUUUUCUGUAUUUUGUGGUUUUGUUGAAGAGGACAGUGACUCUGAGCAUGUGCAAAGUGUCUUUCACACAGCUUUGUGACUAUGGCCAGCCCCAACAAGCCUCCAGGUUUACAGGAAAAAAUCUUUGUAUCGUAGCUCUUCUCUUUUAGAAAGAUUAUAAACACUGAUUCCAUACUGAGUCCCCACAUCCCAACUCAAGCAUGCAACUAGAUAAAUGCACACAGAUCAUUUCCAAUCGUUCUUAAAUUAAUGACCAGGUUCAGUGUACAGAAGAACAAGCAAAACGUGCCUUAAAAUAUAAACGUGUUUUUGUACGCAUGUGUACAAACAUAUAUGCACACAUAGUCCUGCACAUACACACGUCUUAAUGUGUGUAUGGAAGUCUCUGUGUGCAUAUGUAUGCAUGGAUAUGCACAUUUACAUACACAUGUGCACACAGAAAUACAUACAUGAUCAUGUAUGUAUAUGGGCAGGUUUGUAUAGAUAGAUAGAUAGAUAGAUAUGGUGUGUUAAAGAAGUUGUUGGGAAAGAUAUCCAAUUGCGUUGGUACUGUUUGAUAUUUGCAAACAAAAACUCUUUGUAGUUAUUGUAAUUUUUAUGAAAUGUGCAGUAUUUAAUUUUUAUUUCUAUGUUGCUCUUUUGCUUCACCCAUGGCCUGCCUUUUCGUAGUGUUUUCUUAAACCUGUAUAUUAUGUAAUGUAAUGUUUGUAUAUAAGGAAAUUUCAUUCUAUUUUUAUAUAAUAAAACCUUGGGGAAGGGGGACCCGAAAUUCUUGCCAAAGGAAGUGUCUGAAAGACAUGCUCAGAAGAAGAACACAAUCCUUUAGGAAUCACGGAAAAGAACUUUCACAGAUUAAUGAUAGGUUACUUUAUCAACUUGCUUGUUUGGGAAAGACUGCCUUGCCAAGUGUGAAUUGUGUUUCUGGAGUCAGUUUGAAACUAACUGUGGUUUAAUUAUUCUGUGUCACUUAUAUAAACACUAAUAAAGGACUUGUUAAGUGUU